AUGGAAGCCUGCAGCACCAUCUCUAUGGUUGUCUAUGGGGCUACCAUCAUUCUGGGGCUGCCCUCCAAUGCCCUGGCCCUCUAUGUCUUCUAUUGCCGGGCCAAGGCUCGCCUGACCCCCAACCUCAUCUACAUGAUCAACCUCUGCAUUUCGGAUUUGGUCUUUGUUCUCUUCCUACCUCUCAAGAUGCUGGAGGUGGGCAAAGUGGACUGGCCAAUGCCAGGCUUCCUGUGUCCUCUUUACAACCUGAUCCACUUUGGCACAAUCUACACCAGCACCUGCUUUCUGACUGUGGUCAGUCUGGGGCGCUUUUUAGGAACCGUGUAUCCCAUCCAAUAUCAGGUUUACAAAAAGCCUCGCUACUCAUGCUUGGUCUCUUUGGGGAUAUGGAGUCUAGUUGGAUUUCAUGUGUUUCUCCUCUUGGCCUUGGAGACCGCCAGGGACCCCAAUUCCAACCUCUUUGACAGCAACGCCUCCUCUUGCUAUCGCAACUUCAGCACAGAGCAGCUGGCCUUGUUGGUUCCUGUGCGGCUAGAGCUGUCUGUGGUACUGUUUUUUUUCCCUUUGGCCAUCACCUCUUUCUGCUACGCUGGCUGCAUCCGCGUCCUGGUUGGGUCGCAUCUCCACAGCCAGAAGAAAUGCCGUGCAGUGCGGGUAGCGGUAGCCACGCUCUCUGUCUUCAUCCUCUGCUUUGGUCCUUACAACGCAUCCCACGUGGUCGGCUUCGUCUACAAGGAGGAUGUCUGGUGGCGCAGUGUGGCUCUGCUGCCCAGUGCAUGCAAUGCUUUCUUGGACCCUCUCAUCUUCUUCUUCAUCUCCUCGGCCAUGGAUGAUGGGAUUGCCCAAGUGUGGCGCUCCCUCAGGGAGAAGUGUAGCUCCAUCCGGCUGAAGAUUGCCUCAGCCCAUGGGAAAGGAGGGAGUUGUCAGGGAGCACUUGACAUUGCUUGA